AUCGUCCCCAUCAUCGAUCAUCCCUCAGGGUCUUCGGCCAACACUUAGAAACAUCUAUGCCUCAGCCUCAGGGAUAUACUAUAAAAUCUCCCCUAUUCCAACCUACUUGUCUCCGCUAGCCACACAUUCAUCAACAAGGAAGCAGUCGUCCCUGUUGAUAACUCCAACAACCAAUUGGCUAUCCCCAGCUCCUGUUUAUGACACACAACCUACUAACAGACGUGGUUCUACUUUCAAACCACUCAUUUGGAAAACCACGUAGCUAUCAAAUUUAAAAGAUGGCGGAAAGCCAGCCUCACGUCUCAGUGAUGGUCUGGUACCACAAGGUUGAAGAGAAAUCCACGAAGAAAAUCAGGAUGCCAGGAAUUGAACAAGGCAGCUGCAUAUUAUAUAUAUACACUGUGUCUAAAAAGCCGUUCCCAAUUACGAUGCUGAGCGGGGACGAGUUCCUCAGCGCAUGGUGGCAAGUUGUGCUCUGUCAUUAUACCCUCUGGAAGCACGGUAUCUAUCACCGUGACGUUAUCCUCAAUAACCACGACUUGUCAUCGAUUUCACGCGAUAGGCCUAGCGACAACGAGCGCGCAGGAACAGUACCAUUCAUGGCAAUUGAACUGCUCCGGCCAAGUUUUCUCGCAGGCCAAGUCAAACACUUGUACCACCACGAUGCUGAAUCGUUUGUCUGGGUCCUCGUCUGGGUCUGUCUUCGGUACAAGGACGGCGAGCUCCUGCGCGUGAGGGAGGGCAGACGGCUCGACGACUGGCUCAAAGUGGAUGCUACCAGAUGCAGGGAGAAAAAGUCUUACUUUCAGUGGAACUUCAGGGAAGGGGACGACCUCGACCCUGAGAUCCAACCCUCGUCAUCUCACAAAUCUACUAACUGGAAGCUUGCGGUAAAAUGCCUUCACGCACUCUAUCAUUCCUCCCUGGCUAGCGUGCCAGACGAUAAAACUGAAUUCGAGAAACGGCUCCUGACGAACAUGAGGUCUGUCGCUCCACACAUAUAUCACCAUCCUGUCGACGUGUUAUAAGUAGUCUUGUUACACGAUAGAUAGGCGGGAGCAAGCCCUGACGAUGGGGAUGUAUAGCAUUACUAGCAGAUACUUGUAGGAACCUUUCAGAACGAGAGGCAUGCGUGACCAGAUACAUAUCACCUAACAUCUG